GCCGUGCAAGUGGAUAAUCGUAAACCAGAACAAAUUUCCAUGAGACAAAUGACUUCAGAGGUUUCGUCUGGACAUUAUAUGCCACUGGUUAAGGAACGCCAAUCAUCUGGCUCACCGAAAGUCAUUCCGUCAGUUGACGCUUCAUCAUUAAGCCAGUAUGAACCUUUAAACCCAUCAUCAAUUUCUUACGAGAUUCUUCGCCAGAACGUGAUUAUUGAGAAGAUAAUUGGCAAAGGUGCUUUUGGUCAGGUUGCCAGGGGAAAGGUUAAAGGCCUACGUGAAAGACAACAUGUCACACAGGUGGCCGUCAAAAUGUUAAAAGGUACAAGAUAACUUGAUUAAUCACUGUGUAACUGAUAAUGUACGAAUAGGCUAACGGGAAAAUAAAGGAAUGUAACACAAACGAUUCACAAUGAAAACUCUCUUUACCUCACCUUUCAGCUGACGCGCCGGACUCCGACAGGAAGGAUUUGUUAUCAGAGCUUGAAGUGAUGAAGACGUUAAAGCCUCAUCCGCACGUCAUCAAACUGCUUGGAUGCGUCACCGAAUCUGGUAGGUUAUUUUUUAUGUAAGCUGUCUUUAGUCACCAAUUACUAUGCUGCAAGUAAAGGGUCAUUCCUGUUAUUUUAAUUGUACCUUUUUCAGUCUGAGUGAAGUCUCUUUGUCCGUGAAUGACUAAAUGAAUACAUCGUUUUUUACUCAGAGCCCUUGUUCGUUUUGAUCGAGUAUGUUCCGUACGGGGAUCUCCUGGGUUACCUGAGAAAGAGCCGUGGAUUAAACGACACUUAUUUCAAAGACCCAGAUAUCAAACCACAAACAAGUCUGACGUCACAACAGUUGAUGAAGUUUUCUUGGCAAGUUGCUGAUGGAAUGAGUUACCUCUCAUCGAGAGCGGUAAGCUAAAAUAUUUGACUAUUAUGUAUUCAGAGUCUGGUUUAGACUGUCUCCAUUUUACCAAGAAAAAUUAGAUACAUACUAACAGUGAAGAACACACUCAGGUCCCCUCACUUUCAGCUACGUUUGCUUUUGCGUUUUGAUAAACCCCCUCGACAAUGGCGAUUUCAUAAAACUUAUUUCCGGCUGGACUGAUGUAGAUGAAAAAUGUAAAAAUGUGUGAAAUGAAAUCUCACAUUGCAGAUUAUUCAUCGAGACCUUGCCGCUCGAAAUGUUCUGGUUGGAGAAAAUGAAACUUGUAAAGUGACAGACUUUGGAAUGGCAAGAGAUGUGCAAGAACAAAAUAUUUAUGAAAGGAAGACAAAGGUUUGUAUUAUAUUGGAAACAAACCUACAGUAUAGGACUGGCACGCAAUCCUUUCCAUUACCCGCGGAGGAAAAUACGUAAGGUUUUGUUGAUUAUGUCGUUGCUUUCUAGGUUUCAUGCUUUAAGAGUUGCUCCCAAAACUAUAGGCCACGAAGUUAAGGCAGUAUGUGUAAAGUUGAUAAAACAUUUGACAAUCCUAAAAAAGCAUAAGAGAGACUAUUUUGCCUGUCACCAAAACGUGGGAUUAGAUUCCAUACUUCAGGUGUAUAAGCAUAACUUUUUAAUUCAGCUGCAUAUAAAAGAAGAUUGCUAACUUUAUACCUGAUAAAAGUCUUAGAGAACGGCUACGUUGCAGUGAAACUUUGUUGGGUUUUGUUCUUCCACACUAAGACAGGAAGAAAGUGUAAAAAAGAAAGCUGCGUGUAAACGAAGCCUGAGUUUUAUUUUUGCAGCAACCCAUUAUUUUAAAAAUUUUAAGAUGGCCUUCUGACCUUUUAUUUCGGAGUGUAUUUUUCUACCGACCUUCUUUUUUGCUAAGAUGCAGGGAAGCAAGGAAGUACAUUACUUUUUCAUCAUCUUUCACUUCCUCCUACUUUUUGCCAAUACGCUAUUCCAUGUUCGUCGUCCAUUUGUCUUAUAGUCAUUUACUUUGUUCAUAUGUAGGGUCGUUUACCAGUGAAGUGGACCGCAUAUGAAGCCCUGCUUUACGGACGAUACACCACCAAGAGCGACGUGUAAGACAACUUUCUAUAUAUGCAUUAAUAAUUUGGUAUUUGCAGAACAGAAGCUCAUCUCGCGUCACGUGAGAAGAAGGAAGCAUGCAAGACGGUUAAUGUCACUGGGUUAACCAGCGUUAAUGAUGCAAAACUAUCCCUCUCUCAUCUCUAAACUAGAAGUGAAAAAAAUGUGUAUUACGUGUAAAAAACUGCAGAACCUUUUUAUUUUUAUUUAUUUAAAAUGUAACCGCAGAUAUGUGUCUUUUUGUUUUCAUAGGUGGAGCUAUGGAGUCUUGCUUUACGAGAUAUUUACAAUUGGUAAGGUCCUAUAGCUAUUAAGUUACUGUGGUUUUUGUUAAAACAUAGAGAAUGUUCCGAAAGAAGAAAGGUUUUACGUUUUAACAUGCUUUAGAGCUCAAGAAUGCAUAUAUUAUUAGUAUAUAUUUGUGUUUUCCGCGCAUACUGCCAUCGAUAACUUGCUGCCGACGUUAAAACCCCCAGUAGUGCCAAAUGUGAUAAUGGCGAGCAACAAGAGCGCUGACCUCAUAAAUGUCGUAAACAAAAAUCGGAAGUUGGCUGCUUUGCAUGACGGGACGCUGCUUUCUAAACCCAAGGAUUUUGAAAGCCUUUCUUUUAACACAUAUUCGUGACGUUGAGUCAGAUCACUGCUCAAGUAGUUAGUGGUUUAUCUCUAUGUUACGCGCGUAAUCUUUUAGAGGACGGGUAGCUUGCAAACCAAACUGAACGCAGGGUUGUCGGAACAGGAACAAGAAGAUUUAUUUCAAAAAUGAACGUAGUUUCCACGAAGUAGAACUCCACAACAGCACGUAACUCGUUAAACUUACACGGCCUCCGCCAACUUCAGUUAACUUGAUAAACUUACACGGCCUCCGCCAACUUGAAUUAACACUGCUGUCGUCACAUUUGACUAAACACGACCAACGUCAAACUCUCUUCGCUUGUGAAAGCUAGCAUUACAAUUUUUCGUAACACUUUGGAAAAUGGUUUAUUGGCUAUAACUUCGGUAAAGAUGAUGGCGCUGAAUCAAAAUUUGGCACACAUAGAGCUCAUCGCCUUUAACAUUUUAUAGCAUAAAGAAUCAGUGUUUAUCAUUCACGUGAUAUAUGACGUCAUCAUUUUACGAAAAAUCGUAAAUUAUUGACCAGUUGGUGGCCGGUUUAAGAAAAGAAAUCGAGCAAUACCAUCUUUCUUAUUCUUAUUAAAUAUUUCUAACACUUCACGUUUGGAAUGACCGUCCAGGACACUUCAAGAAAAAUUAUGAGAAAAACAUCAUUUUUAAUGUCCAAAUUUAAUCUUCAAUUAUUAAAAACUUGAAUUUUGAACUUUACACUCGUUUAUUCCAAAGGUAGAAAGUUAAGCAUGUUUAUCCUCUGUCAAAGUAAAUUCCCCACCAAUUGGCCAAUUUCCAUAUUUAAACGUUCAGACACAAGAACACCCCAAGAUUUACUUUUGGGGAAAAAUUGUUUUGUUCUAGGUCUCCUAGCGAGAGAUAUUGCCAAUCAUUCAUUCGAACNCAUCGCCUUUAACAUUUUAUAGCAUAAAGAAUCAGUGUUUAUCAUUCACGUGAUAUAUGACGUCAUCAUUUUACGAAAAAUCGUAAAUUAUUGACCAGUUGGUGGCCGGUUUAAGAAAAGAAAUCGAGCAAUACCAUCUUUCUUAUUCUUAUUAAAUAUUUCUAACACUUCACGUUUGGAAUGACCGUCCAGGACACUUCAAGAAAAAUUAUGAGAAAAACAUCAUUUUUAAUGUCCAAAUUUAAUCUUCAAUUAUUAAAAACUUGAAUUUUGAACUUUACACUCGUUUAUUCCAAAGGUAGAAAGUUAAGCAUGUUUAUCCUCUGUCAAAGUAAAUUCCCCACCAAUUGGCCAAUUUCCAUAUUUAAACGUUCAGACACAAGAACACCCCAAGAUUUACUUUUGGGGAAAAAUUGUUUUGUUCUAGGUCUCCUAGCGAGAGAUAUUGCCAAUCAUUCAUUCGAACACACCUUUGACCCAGGCCUUAAACACCUUGAGUGAAAGAUUGACUAGUUGAGAAGCUUUUUCAGGUUAUCUUCUGGUUGAGGUGAUUGACGUCCAGUGAGACAAGUGUCUCUCGCUACAGUGCCGAAGUUCGCUGAUAAUUUAAUACUGUCACCUUAUCACAGCAAGUAUUUACACCAUGAUUUACAUUGAACGCAGCUUUUAGUUCCCAUGGUGCCCAAAUGAGGCAGAUAAAGAGGCGGGUGUGUAAAUAAAUUGUCCUUACAGCCACUUACAGUUAGUUCCUUCCAUUUUGAGUAAAAACAACAACAACGACAACAACAAAUUUUGGGAGAACUCAUGCCUUGUAAUAAAGUAUUGUAACAGCUGGUCACUUUCUCCUUUUUAGGGGGUUCUCCAUAUCCACGAAUGGAUGGCAGGAAGAUUGUAAGCUUACUUCAGGACGGAUACAGGAUGCCUAAACCACAACAUGUUGAUAAUGAACUGUAAGUAAUUCUGUGUCCGCUUCAUGGGUUUCGAGCGUUUUAUUCCUAUACUGAGUACCUCUCCCCAUGCUAUAAAUAUCUAAUAGGAUCCUUAAUGAUCCUGCGAGGUUUUUCACCGGAGAUGGUUUUGGGAGUCGAAACGCCAGAAUGCUGAGGUCACAGUUUCCAUGUCACAGUUGUAGGUACUAGUCAUGUUCCGGCAAAAGUAUCUUCUAGCCCUGACCACUAUUAGCUUUUAAGGUCUUGUAUUUCUUCGAGAGAAAAUUUGUAUAGGUAAUAGCAUGAUUUGUAGUGAUAUUUGGCAUAAAUACCACGAGUGAUAUUUCGAAAUUGUUAUACGUAAUUUCACGAGCCGUUAGGCCAGUGAAAUCUGAGACAAUUUUGAAAUAUCACGAGUGGUAUUUAUGCCAAAUAUCACGUACAAAUCAUGCUAUUAUUUGUUUAUACUACUACCAGCAAAAGGUUUGUAAUUUUCACAUGUAGGUAUUUCAAAUUAAGCUGAAAUACCACCGCCCUAAGCCAAUCAAAUUGCAGUAAUUUUUCAUGUAGUAGUAUAAAGUGAUGAACAUCAAGCCAAACUCCCGAAAAAGUUGGACUUAAAGUUAACUGCAAACUCUUAUUGAAAAUUUCAAUCAAGAUGACGACUAUAGUUUCUGGAACUCCUUUUACUCUAAUAGGCCACUUCCAAGGUCCAAAAACUCUCGCUUUCAAAACGCGACUAAGUGCAAAGGCUUAACUGGUAUGGACCGAAAGAAUUGUUGCUCAACAUACCAUGCAUAAUUUUGUGUCGUGACAGGUACAAAAUAAUGAAACUGUGCUGGCUGGAAGACCCUAAUGCAAGACCUUCUUUUUCUGAACUGACAAUGAAGCUCAAAAAGAUGGAAAACCAACAUAAGGUACGAUUUAAACAAGAAACGUCCUGGACAAUUUUGAGUCUCCCUCAGUUGUCCUUCCUCAAAUUUUUUUACCUUUAUUUGCUGCAAACCUAGACUGGUUUAUAGGCGGAGUAGCCUUAUAGGUUCUGUCUUCAAAACGUUGUCGUUAUGCUUCGUUUGCAGUCAACUACGACCUCUCGCCAUGCCUGUUUCUUAUAACUAGAGUGAAGAAGUAGAAUUGUUAACUGCAUGGAUUGUUUUGUAAGUUACGCGAACAAGCUGCUUGUAAGACAUCAACGAUUCGCCUGCGUACUUGAUUGUGUGAAAAGUUUUGUAUUCAAACUAAGAGAAAUAGUCCAACCAACCCUACAACAUUCGCUUUUAAUGAGAUUACUUAGGUUUGAAACAUCCUUCAAAGCAGGCGUUUUCUUUUUUUUCUUUAGGCUGUUCACGCAAACAAUUCCUUCUCACUGAGCCAAAGAGACGUCUGCGCAGCAGGCUGUUGAUAUGGCUUGUUAAAUUAUGGUCUGUUUUAUCCUUUUUUAUUUGCAGGGGCUAAUAAACAUGAAAUUGUAUGAUAAACAGCUAUAUGCAAACCUUGAAGACUUGACCGUGUAA